ACACGCAGCCGGCAGGGGCGGGGAGCGCGGCCCCAGCGGCCGGCAUGAACCCCCGGCCACUCGCGCUGCCCGCGGCGGGGACCGAGGCGGCGGUGCUGAGGGAGCCACAGGGCGAGUAGCGUUGCCGCGUCCGGAGCAGCCACCUCCGGGUCCAUGAGCCGCCGCCAGCUGCCGCCGCCAGCCGGGACUGCUGCCGCCGCCGCCGCCGGGCCCUGCUCCCCCAGCCCCGCCGCUGCCGCUUCCGCCGCCCCGCUGCCUUGCCGGAGGACGGUCCGGUGCCCUCCGCUGUGAAGAGAAUGGCCGUGACUCUAGAGCAGGCCCAGCGGGUGGGCUAUACCUGCUUGAAAGCACUCCUCAGGUUCGCUUUUAUGGUCGCCAAUAACCUGGUUGCUAUUCCGUCCUACGUCUUGUAUUUAAUUAUGCUGCAGCCUCUCCGAGUGUUGGAUAGUAAAAGCUUCUGGUAUAUCGAAGGAGUAUUAUUUAAGUGGCUUUUAGCUAUGGUGGCUUCCUGGGGCUGGUGGGCAGGAUAUACAGUAGUGGAAUGGGGUGAUGAUGUUCAAGCAGUAUCAGAAGAUGAAGCCAUGGUGCUGGUGAACCAUCAAGCAACGGGUGACGUCUGCACUCUGAUGAUGUGCCUUCAGGAUAAAGGCACGGUUGUCCGGCAAAUGAUGUGGCUGAUGGAUCAUAUUUUUAAGUAUACAAACUUUGGCAUUGUGUCUCUAAUCCAUGGAGACUUCUUUAUAAGACAGGGAAAAGCACACCGUGACCAGCAGCUUGUGUUACUCAAGGAGCAUCUAGAAAAAUAUUACAGGAGCCGCAAUCGGAAAUGGAUUGUUUUAUUUCCAGAGGGUGGCUUUCUUAGGAAAAGGAGAGAAACAAGCCAGGCAUUUGCCAAGAAAAACAAUUUGCCAUUUCUUAAACAUGUCACCCUGCCAAGACUUGGGGCAACACAAGUAAUUCUGAAAACGCUUGUAGCGCCACAAGAAAACGGAACUCCAGCAGGUAGAGAUACUCUGAUAAAAGAGAGCAAAUCAAAAGGCCUCCAGUGGGUGAUAGAUGCAACCAUUGCGUAUCCCAAAGGAGAACCUAUAGACAUCCAAACUUGGAUUCUGGGCUACCGACAGCCAACCGUUACGCACGUACAUUACAGGAUUUUUCCAAUUAAAGAUGUACCUGCAGAGCCUGAAGCUCUUACAGACUGGCUGUAUCAGCGUUUCAUUGAAAAGGAGGAUCUCUUGACACAUUUCUAUGAGACAGGAGCUUUUCCUCCACCGCAGGGUCAAACCAAAGCUAUUUCUCGGGAGAUGACCCUCAGCAACCUGUGGCUGGUCGGCAUACAAUCACUUGCAUUCUUGUCAGGCGGUAUGUGGUACUGCAUCUUUCAGUAUUUUUAUCAUUGCCUAUUUUAAAAGUGGAAUGGGACCCAAGGACACAAGGGGAAUCCAGGCUCUUGCAAAUGAGCAUCAUGUCCUAUGUGCAAAUGUGAAUAUUCAAGAGUAAAGGAAAAUACUGGAUGGACUUCAACCUCUCUUUGGGGAAAUUUUAAACUCCGCUGAAAGUGAAGAUCAGUAACUUAGUGACCUGAUGACCUGUAUUAUUUUAAGAAUUGUCUGUAUUUUUUAAAGUGUAUACUCUCACCCACACUUAAGCAAAUUCAGCAUUUGGACAAAAGGUGCAAUCGUACAACCACCGUAGAAGAAUGUCCGUGACGAGAAAGCUCUGUCACCACAAGUAUUUCUUGGUAUUGUAGUUAGAGCUCAGAAAACUCAGCAACUUGUCUCUUCAGUAGUCUGUACAGCAUUGGUGUGGUAGAGAUUCCUCAUUUGCACAACUUGUACUUUAUUGCAACUCUCUGUGCUGGAGUCAAAGGUACUGGACAGAGCUGGUGGCGGCAUCUUUGCGGCUACACAGUCAGCAGCUGUUGUGUUAGACACAUUGAUCUGAAACCACAACUCAAAUAAGAUCCAGCAACAGGUGUGUCUGGUGAGGAGUUAGUCCUCAACAAAACCAUUGGAGCAUCAUAGUGUGGUUAGAAGCUAUCCACAUUUGACGAGUCAGCCCAUUCCUGCUGUGGUCUUACCAUCAGCUCUCUGAAUUCUGUGUGCUACCAGUAUCUCGUAGUGUGGGGAAACUUGGAAAAUGUGAAGUCACUCGGUUUCUUUCCUUUUUUUGUUCAGAAUCCAUCUCAACGAUCACCAUCAGUUUUCAAAAUGCACUUUUAAUGGUAAAAAUACAGUGAAGGAAAAGACAGGAAAUCUAGGGAACAGGGGAGAGCUUUAUUUGUCAUGCAUUGGAAGCCAGAGCGAUUCUAACUGCUUCUGAAGGUCUGCUGGUGCUGCUGAUGAUUUUUAGCCACCUUUGUAUUUUGUACUGCAGUCCAACCAAGGUGACCUUUGUGUGGUUUAUAGAGGCCUUUUUCUCCCCCGCUAGUUGCAACAGCAGUAAAUCUACUUGUGGGAGAGGUUAAAUAAUUCAAUGCCAACCAUCUUAACGUUUUGUUAAGGAGUAAUAGAAGAAAAACUAGUUUCUUAAAGAGGAAAAAUAGCUAUAAUGGGUAUCAUAAAUCUGUAGGAAGAUAAUACUGAGAAAAGGUGUGGAAGAUACUCGGAAAUAACUACAUGGAAGGCAACAUUAAUUAGCUCACCACUAUGCUAAAACCUUACUGGUAGAAGGAUGGGUUGAGUUUAAAGGCAAUCUGGAACAGAAGACACUUUCAGACGUGUGACAUAGGAUACGUUUGAAGAGCUGUGGAUGAUGUGCGGUUUUACUUCUGUCAGGUCUGGUUGGCAUUGUGUUUAUGUGAUUAUGCACAGAUUGGAGAGAGCUGUUCCUAAAAUAAAACUAAUCUCUCUAAAUACAGGCAGGGUAGCCAGAACUUCAGAUGUUGGCAUGCUGCCUUUUACAGAGUAAUUUCACUGAGAACAAAGUACGCCCUCGGUAGUUUUGGCUCUGAAUGGGCAGUAUUGAUCCCUCUUCUCUCUCCCUCUCCUGCUACAUGAAUCACAGUGGGUGGUGUGCAGAAUACAAACCUCAGCCAGAGUUCGCUUUGCAGGGGACUGAGAGCACACCUAAGCAUGGGGCUGUGCCAGUUUGCCCGACUUCACAGAAAAGCACCCAGGCAAACGUGCCACCCUGUCCCUCAAAAGCAGUAGUUUUAUCCUAAGGUAGCUCAGUGGGGAAGGGUGCAGAAUGAGACACCAGAGGAAGCUCCCCUGAAGUAUGAGUCCCCUUACUGACUGAAAAGGCAUACCGGGAGGCGCCGGCCAGUGUUUGCCUACAGCUUCAUGUUUAGGUAAGAUACUGUUUUUAAAUCCCACCUCUUGAUGCCCAGACGCGCACCCGAAUUCCCACGUAACACAAAUCCAUUGGAAGAGAGGUGUGUGCCCUGCAAGGGUGCCGCUCUCGGAAGCAGGACUUUUUUUCCCUGUUGCCCUUGUUGACGUAGAGCUGAUGAAAUGAAUGUGUUGACUCUGCCACCGUUACAGGAGGGUGCCCUGGUGCAGCCCAGCGCCACUCUAAUGGUGUGAGUGGUUAUGUCUGCAGCACCAGGGCGGAAACAAACUCUCAAAACUGCAAAAUGCAGAUGGCAAGCUACUUACUUCUGCCCUCCACCAGGUGGUUUGACCAGAACCACAGAGAUGCCUGUAGCACAGCUGGUUUUAGUUGGAGCUAGGACAGACUGGAGCGAUAUUAAAAAGGGAAGUUGAUAUAAGCAGAUUGCACAGCAGUAACUCGCAUCAGGAGAUUGUUCUGUAUAGACCCAGUGAACUCUGUGUAAGAGUGUAUUGGUUCUUCAAAUGCAGUAUUUUUUUUUCCAGUGGAUUGCAGAAAAUAGCGUUCACGUGCUGCCUAAAGAACUUAGCAACGCGCAAUAACGUUUCAGAUAAGCACUUGGUUUAUCUGAUCCUGCUCAUUUUCAGUUUGUUCCGCCGUAGUUCUCAACUAUUGCGAGACGUUUAUUUUCAAGCACUGAUUUUUUUUUUUGUUUUGGUAGGGUGAGUAAAUAGUAUUAGGUCUUAGGCUUCUUUCCUGCCUGCACUGGAAAAUGUGAAGAGACUGAUGUUGUGUCUCCUUACGGCCGAGUUGCUGUAGGUGACAGUGGAAUUAAAGAAACUCCAACGUACCCUCCCAGCACAAACUUGGAUGCAGCUUCAUGAAAGAGAAUAAGUUGGAUAGAAGCAAGUUUUCUAUUAAGGGAAAAACAGAAAAUGGAUACAAGAUAUCUGGAAAUUCUGUGCUUAAAAAUACCAUGCUGGUCAAGACUGUUUGGAGCUUAGCAGGCUGGUGUGUAAGACUUCAAUUGCUGUUGGUGGCGGUUCGGUGCUGCCAUCUGUGAGUCAGUGGUACCAGAGGCAGCACUGUGCCCUCCAAGGCUUCCUCAUCUCCACAGUUCACAAGUGGGCGUGAUAGAGAAGGGUGUCAACAAACCGUGCAGCUGAUCACGUUAUUAAUAUAACUUUGAAUUUAUGUUAGGAGAAGAAUGGAUAAAAUGAUAAAGAAUGACAAAUUCACAGGAACACCCCCCCACCCCCCUGUGAACCGGAAGGUGUUGGGCGCAGAAGUGAGCACAGAGCGAUUGAAGCAUGUGGCAAAGCCGCUUCUCUGCCAGGGCCGCACACAGACACCUCUGCGUUUCCCCUUUCAUUGUUCACGCACCAGCCGUUGCGACUGAAACGGUGCAAGGCCGGGGGCCGAGUGCUGCUGCUCGGAGCCUCGUUCCACCAGCUGCUGGCUGCCGUGCUCCGACCAGGCCGCCUGCCCCGCGCCCUGCCAGCCACCCUGCCGGCCACUGCGGCAGCCCGCGCUCUUGGGGCAGGCAGGGAGGCAGGGCUGUUUUAAGUUGCUGGCACCAGGUUUUGAAAAGCAAGAUUUCAGUUGGCCGUGCUCACUGGGAAAUGAAAAGCUUCCUUCUCCCUCCUCCACCCCCAGCCACAAAAAUACGAUGAUGAUGCAUCUGAUCGCAGUAAGAGUACAGCGGAUCACUGUGGUACUACUGGUCAUUAUCCACUUGUUUUGCAAAUGACGUAACUUUUGUUUGUCUGACACUGCCAUCAAGUGCUGUUAACUUUUUUCACCUAUUUGUACAAGAUAAUACAGAUACCGAUCACUGUGUGUGACAGGAUUCAACUGCUCCGCUUUGCCUUGACAUAAAAUUUUUGGGACCAAAGGUACUUUAAAACUGGGAUUUCCUAAUCUUGAGACCGGGCUUGGGGGCAUUCUCUUGAUAGUCAGCUGGAGAUUUUGUGGUGAUCUGAUACAAUCACACAAAAUAAUUCUACAUCUGGGGUACUGUAUUGUGUUGGAAUUAAUGGAGCCAUAUGAAAUAAAGGGUUAUUUUGCAAAACUGCAUAUUUGAUAGUUUUUAUGCUUUUUUAAAACCCUGAACAAUUGGAAGAGCAAAAUUGAAACCCUGCUCUUGUGUAAGAUGGCUGCAUACAUUAUGAACACUUCAGCAUUAUUUUUUUUCCCCUCAGUAAAAGCUGUAGACUGCGUGGCUGUGACACAAAAGAAGUCUCUAAAAGGCUUCCAGGAAUUUAAAAGUUAAGCCUUUUCUUGGAUAAUGAAGUCAUUAUUCACUGAGCAACUGGCCUAUUAAAGUGCGUUAGUUCCUUAAAAUUACUCCACAAUGGUGUUCAUUUUGUGCGAUAAAAAUUACUUUUCUUGGUACCGGUUAUUUUCACCUCCAAUUUUGUCCUUCCCCAUCUGUUACCCACAUGUGUGUUUUGUGUGAUAGAAUGGAUGCAGAAGCCUGUAGAGAUUCCCAGUGAUUUUGCAAAGGGCUGGUUGCAUUUGAAAUUAUUUUCUUGCAUUUAUUUCACUGGGUUUUUUAAUCAAAUCUUUCCAGCAGCCAAGAUGUCUUUCAGAAAGACCAACAGAAACAGCAUUUCUCUACAGAGAUUAGUAGGUGUCUUUUCCCAUUAUUUUGUGUGUUUGGCAAAAAUAAAGUUGACUUUUUUUAUUUCA